CCCAGACUGACAGAUUGACUGCAGCUGUUUGGUUUUACCUGGGAGGCGCGAGGCAGGAUGCGCGAUGGGACAAGCGUGCGGACACGCGCUCCUAUGUCGUAGCCAGCCGCCGUCCUCCGAGAUACGCGGUCAGCAAGUGUUUCUGCGUCCCGACGAGAGUUCAGCUCCAGCCCUGACCACCAGACUGUCCACUGCCCUGUCCGAACAGCUGCAGGAUGCUUUGCUGCGGCUGGCGGCGGUUGUCGAUGCUCGCUCGCUGCGAGUUGCCCUUCGAGACAGCAUACAGGAGCUGCUACCCAGCGCGGAAUGUGUGUGUGUCUACAUUCUGGAGGGAGACUCAAGGCUGCUGUCUGACGACCCGCCACACGAACUGCCACAGGAGGGAAAGAUCAGGGAUAUUGUGGACCAGUUGAAGCGUUGUCAGUGUGCCGGCCUUCCUUCCUCCGAGCUGCCAGAAAACUACAGAAUCUGCCUCGCCACACCCCUACCAGCACACAGACGAGCUCUUGUCAUUCCUAUCUUGGACCAAGAACAGGACAAGGCCAUCUCUGUCUUACUGGUGGGCUGUAAACCACUGUCUGAUCAGGAUGAACUGCAUCUCAACGUGCUGGAGAAACAUGCCUCAGUGGCAUGUGUGCGUGUCCAGGCUGUUCAAGCAUCCUACCAGAGGCCUCCCCUUAGCCCCUCCCCCCUACAAUCCCACAAUGCACUGCUUAACCUCAACGUCUCAGACCAGGACUACUGCGAGUUGGACCGCAACAUCCUACAGCUCUGUGGUGAGCUCUAUGACCUUGAUGCAGCCUCUCUCCAGCUCAAAGUCAUCAAUUAUUUGCAGCAGCAAACCCACUCACAGUGUUGUUGUCUCCUGUUGGUGUCUGAAGACAACCACCAGCUCUUCUGCCAGGUCGUCGGGGACAAAGUCCUGGAGGAGGAGAUCAGCUUCCCGCUCAUGUUUGGACGUUUUGGUCAAGUUGUUGAAAAGAAGAAGUCAAUCACUCUUCAGGACAUCAGUGCAGAGGAGCGCAGGCAGCUGUCCAGCAUGCUGGGCUGUGAGAUCUCCUCCAUGCUGUGUGUCCCAGUGGUCAGCAGGGCCACCGGCCAGGUGGUGGCGCUAGCCUGCGCCUUCAACAAGCAGGGCGGGAAGAGACACACAGAGGCAGAUGAGCAUGCCAUUCAGCACUGUUUCUGUUAUACUUCCACGGUCCUGACAUCAACUUUGGCCUUCCAGAAAGAACAGAAGCUCAAAGUGGAGUGCCAGGCGCUCUUACAAGUGGCCAAGAAUCUCUUCACACACUUGGAUGAUGUGUCAGUGCUGUUGCAGGAAAUUAUAGUGGAGGCCCGGAACCUCAGUGAUGCAGAGAUCUGUUCUGUGUUCCUGCUGGACCGUGUCAGCCAUGAGUUGGUGGCAAAAGUGUUUGAUGGGGGCGUGGUUAGUGAUGAGGAGAAGGAGUUCCGUAUCCCAGCAGACCAGGGUAUUGCGGGCCACGUGGCGACCACUGGGCAGAUCCUCAACAUUAAGGACGCCUACUCCCAUCCUCUCUUCUACCGAGGAGUAGACGACAGCACCGGCUUCAAGACUCGCAACAUCCUCUGCUUCCCCAUUAAAGAUGAGAACAACGAGGUGAUUGGAGUGGCUGAGCUGGUCAAUAAAACCAAUGGGCCGUGGUUCAACCGCUUCGAUGAGGACCUAGCCACAGCCUUCUCCAUCUACUGCGGCAUCAGCAUCGCCCACUCUCUGCUCUACAAGAGGGUCCAUGAAGCUCAGUUCAGAUCCCACCUGGCCAAUGAAAUGAUGAUGUACCAUAUGAAGGUUUCCGAAGAGGAGGUGUCCAAAUUGCUGGUGCCAGGGGUUGGACCGGUGAUGGACAUCCACCCCUGCUUUGCUGAGUUCACAUACACACCGCGCUCCCUGCCUGACGACACCACACCCCUGGGGAUCCUCAGCAUGUUCGAAGAUAUGGGUUUCAUCAACACAUACAAGAUCGACAUGCACACUCUUGCCAGGUUCUGUCUGAUGGUAAAGAAAGGCUACAGGGACCCUCCCUACCACAACUGGAUGCACGCCUUUUCUGUCUCACACUUCUGCUAUCUGCUCUACAAAAACCUAGGGCUGUCAAACUACCUCGAGGAUAUAGAGAUUCUUGCCCUCUUCGUCUCCUGUAUGUGCCAUGACCUGGACCACCGCGGCACCAACAAUUCUUUCCAGGUCGCCUCGCAAUCUGUGCUGGCUGCUCUCUACAGCUCAGAGGGAUCUGUGAUGGAGAGACAUCACUUUGCCCAGGCCAUCGCCAUUUUGAACACCCAUGGGUGCAACAUCUUUGAGAAGUUCUCCAGGAAGGACUAUCAGCGCAUGUUGGAUUUGAUAAGAGACAUCAUCCUGGCUACAGACCUUGCUCACCACCUUCGCAUUUUCAAGGACCUUCAGAAGAUGGCUGAUGAUGGAUACAAUGCAAAGAGUCGGACCCACCGCUCCAUGCUGUUGUGUCUGUUGAUGACAUCGUGUGACCUGUCAGACCAGACCAAGGGCUGGAAGACAACACGCAAGAUCGCUGAGCUGAUAUAUAAAGAGUUCUUCUCUCAAGGUGAUCUGGAGAAAGCCAUGGGGAACAGGCCCAGUGAGAUGAUGGACAGAGAGAAAGCCUACAUCCCUGAACUACAGAUCAGCUUCAUGGAGCAUAUCGCUAUGCCCAUUUACAAGCUGCUGUCUGAACUGUUUCCCGGGGCCACUGAGCUGUAUGAGAGAGUGGCAGCCAAUCGUGAGCAGUGGACCAAAGUGUCCCACAAAUUCACCAUCCGGGGGUUGCCAAGCAACAAUAGCCUAGACUUCCUGGACCAGGAAUACGAGCUGCUGCAGUCCCAGGGUGCCUUCGGGAGCGACGACCUCUGCCUCAACGGUUGCCUUGAUGACGGGGAAGGAGGAAGGGGUCAGUGACAACAGCGGCCCAGUGACAGUCCUUGAAGUUUACUCUGGUCUAAUGAGACGCUGAGGAUACCUUUUCAGCGACCUCAGAGGGACGGGUCUCUCUGACUGCUGUCAAUCACUUAGAUGUUUAGCAGGCCACGCAGAACAGACAGAACAAGGAUCCAGACAAGUUGAAUCAGACGAGUGAUUUGCAGGAGCAGAUCCAUCUGAGCUGAUUCAAUAAAGACGACUCCUGAUUAGAUGCUACAUGUUGCUUUGUCUUGAAUUCAGGAAAGCAGAGGGUAGUGACUUAAUCGUUUUCAGCAGCUACACUGGAAAAAAAAAAUCACCAUUUUUACCACAAGUUCAUUCAUACAGUUCUAAUACUGAUUUGGAUUGUAAAAACACAUGUGCUCACAUGCAUUUGUACAUGCUCAUGCUUGUGUAUAGAAAUACACACACACACACACACACACAAUAGGAAAAACUAUUCAUUGUUAUGGAAAAAAAGACUACUUCAACAUGUAACAGUGAUAUAAAGUGUAAAAUGUUUCAUAACAACUUACAUUGAUUUAAAUGGCUAAGCUUUGUACAUGCUCACACACAAGCAGCCACCACAGUCCCUGUCCUGAUGCUUAUGAAUGCAUGCUGUAUGGGCACCUCAUGUAUUAUUCCUUUAAUCUGGGUCAAUGUUUAUUUCUCCAUUGCUUAAACAUUAAUGCAGUCCAUUUUUAUAUCAUAAGAAAAGUCUUUUGUAUUCAGCUCUUCAUAGUAUAAUUAAUUAAUUCAUGACCACAAAGUUGUACAGGGGAAAGUUUUUCCAUUUGCUUUAAAUGACAUUUUAACUUUCACAUGUAUUGUUUCUCAUAUAUGGAUUUGGGGGACAAUUUGACAAUCACUGAUCAAUGUUUCAAGCCCUAUAGCCACAGCACCCUACGCCAUGCAUAAAUUACUGUAAACACACAAAAACGCACUCAGUACACAUACUAAUUUUCACCUCAGCACAUCCACACCUCAAACAAUGGCUGCCCAUGGAUGAAAACCCACCCAAAAUGUUUCCCUCUCUACCCUGCACCCUUUUUCUCACUCCCAUUUUCUCUUGCUUUCUCUAUUGAUUUCCCAGUUCAACCACUUUAGACAGAGCAACCGAAGCCCUUUAAAAGAUCCAUCUCAUCUGUGAGUGUAAAUGUGCCAGAGUAGAACGUGUCACAUGGGUGUGUCAUCGACUGUCAUAUGGAUCUGCCUUAUUGCGCAUCUUUGCUGCCUUUCUUAGAGCUUUUAAUAUAUGAAAAUUGAAAUAAAGAGUCUGUUUAGUAUGUAUGUUGUAUAUUUGUUAUAGACAUAUAGUUUAGUUAUCGGUGUGUUGACUGAAUGAUCACCAUGCUCAGAAGAUGUAUAUUUGUGAAAUAUUAUACCUGUGUGAAGACCUCAGAAGUCAUCUUUCACACCUUUCUAUCCUGUAAUCUAAAGCUUAAAAAAAAAUCAGUCUGCACAACUGUCAUUUGACAGGGACAGACUUGACAGCCAACCUUUUUUUUUCAGUUCUCAAUGCAUCUGAAAAUUAAUAAAAGAUUUACAGUACCAGUGUGACCAUCAUAGAAGUCACUGUUUUUCCUGAAAGUGUUGCAACAACAGUGUGCCGUUUUUGCCAUGCUGCUUCACCGUUGCCUCCACAAGGCAUUGCUUGGAAAAUUAGGAUUAUGUUCACUUUGUUCAGCCCUCAGUUAGUGCCUCACAUAGUUUGUAAACCAGACAUUUCAGGGCCAUGGAUUUUGUGUUACGAUACAUAACAUUCAGUUUUACCUUGUAUGAUUUGAGAGGAAAAUGCUGCAGUGUUAAGAAUAAAUGGAUGAUGGGAGACUUCUAUAAUGGACACCGCUGUACUGUGUGUGAGAUGUAUGUGGAGGAGUUAGAGGGUGAAUGAGUGGAUGGAUGUGUAGGUAUGGAGAAAAAAAGAGAGAGAGAAAGAGAGAGAGAGAGAGGAGGGACAACCCACGUGUUUCUUGUAACAGGAGGUGGUUUAUGGGGUAAGUAGUAAGAAGAGAAACAUCAAGUCCUACCAGUUCUUUUAGAGCCAGGAAAGACACAGACACGGGUUCUACCAAAAUGUACUGAACCAUUACCAUUAUGUCCCCUUCCGACACAGCCCACAUAAUGCUAGUGAAGGCAGAGGAAAUAAACACUGUUUCAGUCGUGGGAUCUUGCCAUAUAUGUUUUUGUUAAUGUCUCAUGAGAGGCAUAAAGUAGCCAGGUCAGUCGGUUAGCAAAGUGGAUUAUUGUAUUUAUUACAUGGCCUGGGAUGUGCAUCAGCAGGAAUUGAUGAAAGUGUCUAUGAAUGCAUCUGCCUCAGUCUGCUACAUGGACUGCAUAUUUUUACGGUAACAUUUCUACAUUUUAAAGGGCAUACAGGUGUCUGUGUGGAGGAGCCUUUCACUCUCGCUCUCUCUCUCUCUCUAGAGGUGUCUCUUACCCCCGGUUUUCCUCUUUGCUGUUAUUUUCUCUACCAUACAAUUUCAGACCUGCCUUUUUCAUGUGCAAUAUGAAGUGUCUGCUUCUGUGACGAUGCAUAGACUGCUAUGUAAAUACCUAUGCCUGUCUGUCGUUAAGUUAUUACUUUAGGUCUGGUUUCCCAGAAGCAUGUAAGUGUCAGAUUGUGUUAGUUUCAUUGAAAAACUCAAUGGACUAUGACAAUUUUAGUUCUAAAAUGCUUUUGAGAGUCUAGGCCUAGGGACAAUUUUCUGUACUGACUAUAUUUCUUUCCCUUUAUGUUUGGUUGUUUGUUUGUUUGUUUGUUUGUUUGUUUGAGCGAGUCAGGGCUCUAUGUGCCAAUCAAAUGAUUUCUAUCUCCUGGCCAAGCUGCAAAAUGAAAAACAGGCAUAUUUUCAAAAUGUAUUCUAUUUUUUUCCUUCACUGCCUAACAGUGGAGUUAAGCGGUUUCGGGUUGAGGUGAGGGAAGGCUUAUACUAAAUUAUGACCAUUUCUGAAAUUGCUGCUUGUCCAGGAAGAAACCAAAGUCUAUUUCCCACCAUCACAGAAUGGCAGGAUUCAAACAUUUGAUGUAACGCCAUUGUAAUGAUCACCUGUGACAUAAUUGUUAAAAGUGGCAAAUAUAUAAUUGCUGUAAAUAUCAAAGUUUUGGGAAAAAAGUGUUACUUGAUUGUCUGUCAUUAUUACAAUGGGAAGUAUUUCAGUUCUUUAAUGUAUUUGAAGUGGUUGCAUCCUAUGUUGUCUUGUUUUUUCAUGCCGUUUUUGAACAACCCCAAACUUAGACUUUUAGACGGAGGGGAUGAAACAAUGUGUGUAUUUACGAUAUACAUAUGAUAUUCUGUCACAAAUAAAAACCCAAACCAAUCUGAAAUGUAUAAGUGAUGCUUAUCCUGAGAACUAAAAACGAACCAUCUGUUAAUUAUUUGAUUUUGUUAGGUUUUGAGUGGUGAUGGUCUUGGUCCUCUCCAGAUAUACAGUAAUGAACAAGGGCAUUUUGGAAAGUAAAAAGGAUGAAAAUUUUCUUUCUUUCUUUCUUUCUUGGAAUAAAUCUGGUGAAACACU